CCUUGUCCCAGCUGUCCCCAACCCCUUGGGAAGGGUUGGGGGACGUGUAUGCAGGGUCUCCUUCCCGGGGCUGGCUCUGGGCUCCUUAGGGAGCAGUCCCUGUCCCUGUGCCUUCGUUAUUUUAGGGUGGCCUGUAAACAUUAGCUCUGUCAGGUACGUUUGUGGCCAGGGUUGUUCUUCCCUCUGCACGUGCUGCUGUGUUAUGGUAGGGUCUCCUGGGAACUGGGGAGCACGGGUCAGCCAUCCGGCCCUGUGGCCUCCCUUCUGGGGCUGCCCCCUCAUUAUUGUAGGUCUCCUGGGACGACCUGGUCCCUGGGGGAAGCCGGUGGGGCUGGCGAGGCUCCCGGCACGGGAAGAAGCAAGACCAGGAUUUACACCUUGGGGUUGGGAGAGGAUGGGCUCAGAGCCACUGUGGGACCUGCUGGGCUCCAACAGCAGAGAGAGAAGGCGGGAGGUGGCCCUGCUGGAUACUGCUGCCUGCCCUGAGGAGGAAGGCUUCCCGGAGGCCCUAUGCUCCAGGGAGGGGGAAGAGGAGGAGGAAGAAUACAGGCAAAGGAGAUCUGUCACCUUCACACUGGGAAAUGAGAUACUGGGGCUGGGCCCAGAAAGUGAGUUUCAGAGCCCUGACGCCGAGGCCUACAUGCACUUCUUAAGGAGCCACUGCUGCUACGAUGCCAUCCCCACCAGCUGCAAGCUUGUCGUCUUCGACAUCUCCCUGGAGAUCAAGAAAGCCUUUUUGGCACUGGUGGCCAAUGGGGUGCGUGCUGCCCCACUCUGGGAUAGCAAGACACAGAGCUUUGUGGGGAUGCUCACCAUCACCGACUUCAUCAACAUCCUACACCGUUACUACCGCUCACCCCUGGUUCAAAUCUACGAGGUGGAGGAGCACAAGAUUGAGACGUGGAGAGAGGUGUACCUGCAGGGCUCCUUCAAGCCAUUAAUCUACCUCUCCCCAAGCAAUAGCCUCUUUGAUGCUGUCUACUCCCUGAUCAAGCAUAAAAUCCACCGCCUGCCUGUCAUCGAGCCUGUCUCGGGCAAUGUCCUUCACAUCCUGACGCACAAGCGCAUCCUCAAGUUUCUCCACAUCUUUGGCUCUACCAUUCCCAAGCCACGCUUCCUGAAAAAAACAGUGCAGGAACUGCGCAUUGGCACCUUUCGUGACCUGGCUGUCGUGCCUGAGACUGCCCCGAUCUACACUGCCUUGGAGAUCUUCGUGGAUCGCCGUGUCUCUGCCUUGCCUGUCAUCAAUGAUGCUGGGCAAGUGGUUGGCUUGUACUCCCGGUUCGAUGUCAUUCACCUGGCAGCUCAGAAGACCUACAACAACCUGGACAUCAGCGUGCGAGAGGCACUGCGGCAGCGCAGUAUCUGCCUGGAGGGGGUCAUCACCUGCUACCCCCAUGAGCACAUGGAGGACAUCAUUGACCGCUUUGCCAAGGAGCAGGUCCAUCGCCUGGUUCUGGUAGAUGAGAACCGGUACCCGCGGGGCAUUGUCUCCCUCUCUGACGUCCUCCAGGCCCUUGUGCUCACUCCCGCAGGUAUCGAUGCUCUUAACUCUUAGCCCACGGCGCUCCAUCUUUCUCCACUUGCACUCUCCAUUUCUCUCCACUUCAGGUAGGCGCUGUCCCC